AUGGAACAAGCCAAAGCUGACAAGAAAUGCGAAGUAUGUUGUCUGAAAAAUAUCCGCAAUCCACCACCCGCCACAAAACGCUGUUUGGACUGCGAGGAAAGUAUGUGUGGAGAUUGUUCCUCAGACCAUGUGCUUCACAAGUUAAACCGUGACCACAAAUUGUUUCCUGUCGACCAGAUAGACAGCGAGGAAUAUGUGACAGAGUUGCGUGCCCGACAAAAAAUCCUUUGUGACCACAACAAGAAAGACCCCGUAGAAAUUUUCUGUCCAAUGUGUAAAAAGUUCAUCUGCGCCCCAUGUAUGUUUUUGGAACACAAGGAUCAUGAUUGCCUUAGAAUCACCGCCGCUGCGGACAAAGAGAAGGAAAAUCUUCAACUCCGCCUGAAGCUCAUCGAGAAGAAAAGCCUACUCUACGAUCAAUUUAAAACCGCUGCUGAAGUCCGGAAAGCGUCAGUAGAAGAGGGAAGAAAGAAGGCAAAGAGUCAAGUGAACAAGCAGUUAGAACUAGUAAUUAAGAUGGUCCGUCGACGUGCUGAUGACCUUCUGCAAGAAAUAGAAAUCAAGUCACAUGCCGCACUACAAACUUUAAAUGCUUUGAUUGCGACUGUUAUCACCAACCAAAAGCAACUGGACGACGCUGUAGACUUCUCCAGAAAGCUUAUAAACCUUGGCAACGAUAUUGAUGUCCUGCAAAUGGCCCCCGCCUGUGAGCAUCGCAGCGAAAGCGUUCAUACUCACGACAUACCGACCUUUCCCAUCACCAUGACCCAGCUACAGCUUAUCACCAAAGACAUGGAGGAGUGCGGUACCAAUAUCAACCGUUGCCUUGGAGACGUGGUUCCUGCCGCGAGUGGAAGACUGGUGACAUCGUUCAAAGUAGACCUGGCCGAGUCUCCAGAGGAGAUAAUCAGUCAUGUGACCACUGAUGUAAGUGCUGACAUCCUUAUUGGUAUUUGGUGUCAGGAGGAUAUGUCACGGAAUAGAAUUCACAUCUAUGAUACCACCUUUGUCCUACAGGGCACAAUACCUAACCCAAGAGCAGCAGAAAAGGGCGCCUUUGCCGGCAUUGCCAUUGAUGAUGACGGUAACAUCGUCACCAGAUGUCAAGAGUCAAAUGAAAUCAUUGUCUACACCAAGACAGGGGACCACGUGAGAACAUUCUACAGUGAGUCACCAGAAGCAGUAGCGGUCAACAGCAAGGGUCACUAUGUGGUGGCCGGUAGUAAUACUCUGACUGUGCAUCACAAGGAUGGCAAGGUCCUGCAAACGACACCAGACCCAUGGGGAAAAUAUUCCAAAUACAUCCACUGUAACGUAAAAGAUGAUGACGUCAUCGUCACGGAUCCAGGAGAUGAUCACAUCCGUGUAUACGAUUCCACUCUCCAGCUUAAAUACAAAUAUGGUUACGAGGGUGAUGUGGACGGACAGGUGAACGGUCCAGGCGGCACGUGCUGCUUGGAUAAUGGAGACAUUAUUUUAAUAGACCUCAACAACCAUCGUCUACACUUAGUUUCUCAAAAUGUAAAGUUCAAGCAAUUUCUUUUAAGUGAAGAAAAUGGACUUAACUGGCCGAGAGAUGUUGCUAUAAAUCGUUUCGGACAAAUUAUCGUUGGGGAAAAGACAGGCGAGAUUAAAGUCUUCCAAUUAUGA